AUGUCGCCAUGUCGCCGCCGUCUUGCCUCCCACCGCCCCCUCGAUGACGACUUCAGUCACGGCUUUUCCGCCCACCCAUGCAUGAUUCACGAACAGCCUGUGUCAGGGCAACCCCAGCGACGAUCAUUGCCAAUCACCACCUCAGCCACCAGGCCCUUCCGUCGUCUGAACAAACAUAGUAACACCGCACUACAUAGUAACCGCAGCACACCCACGCACCCACGUACGCACACAUCAUGCCCGAGCCACAAGCCGGAGCCACAGGCCGGAGCCACCGUCUCGUUCUGGCUUCUUCCGUCAUGCUGGUCUUGCUCUGCUCUGCUGCUCUGCUCUGCUUUGCUUUACGAGGCCGCCAAGCUGGCCAGCAAGCACUCCCCUGAGCCGACAAACCGGCUGGCUGACCAGGCUGACUGGUCAGUCAUCUCAUCCCGACGCAAGGACUCUUUGUGUUCUGCAUCUGCUUGGCAGGCAUGCGCCAGAUGA